UUGAUUGUUUUUAUUUCUUUAUUUACCUUGUUUUUAACAUUAUUAAGAAUUUUGACUAAUAACGUUAUUGUUUGAUGAAGAAUUUUUUUAUUGAUAACUGUAGUUUUUAUUCUAUUAAAUAAAAGCAGCAAGAGAUAUACCAGAAUUUUUAAUUAUUUUGUUAUUCAAGAGUCUUUAGGUUUAUUAUUUCUUCUUUGUAGAGGAGGUCUAUUACAAUUUUUUAUUAUUUUAUUGAAAAUUGGUGUAGCACCGCUCCACUUUUGAAUUUUUAAUGUAACAAAUAACAUUUUUAAUUAUGGGCUAAUGUGGUUUUUAACAUUUCAAAAAUUACCAUUUUUAACUAUUUUAUUACAAAUUUUUUGGUUAAGAUCCGUGUAUAUUUUGUUAUUUGGUUUAUUGAUUUGUUAUGUUCAAAUUUUUGUCAUAAAAAGUUAUAAAAAUUUGUUAAUUAUUUCAUCCACAGAGUCUUUUAAUUGGAUUGUUUUGGGAGUAUUUUUUUCAAUGUUUAAUACAUUUUAUUUAUUUAUUUAUUACUUUGUAUUAAUAGUUUUAUUAAUUUCUAAGUUUUCUAAAACUAGGGGUUAUAAUUUUAUUAAUUGAGAAACAACAUUAGUAUUUUUAAAUAUUCCAUUUAGAGUUUCAUUUUUUGUAAAAAUUUUCUCAUUGAGGGAAAUUUUUAAAUAUGAUAGAUUCUUUACUCUAUUUUUGCUUUUUACAAUAUUUUUAUCUGUAUUGGCAUUUAGAUUUUGAUUAAUUAACUUGAGAAUGAAAAAUAAUGAAGAAACUUCAAAUAAUAAUAAAAUAAAUUAUUUUAUUAUUUUUCCGUUAAUAGUUAUUUCUAUUAUUUAA